GUCAAGUCCGGUGCGAUAUGUCGGAAUUUUCUGCGACACUAUUUUCGAAAAAAUUCGGAAUUUCUGCACUAAACAGUGAAAUACAACUCAUGUAAUCAUGGCAAUUUGCUUGCGUACAUUUUCCCACAAAAUAUUACCCAUAAAUGGGAUCGUCUCAACGAAAAACCAUUCCAACCGUUUGACUCGUAAGAUCCCAUUGCGGACGCAAUUUCUGGAAGAUUUUCUAAACCGACGACGCAUCUCAAGCUGCCGCCCAGCACCGAAGUGUACCACAGAAAGCAACAUUGACGACAUUUACCUUCAUGAGCUGGCUAUUUCCAAUCAAUUACACCAGUUUACACCACAAAACAAAUGUAGCCUUGUAGAAAACUUAGAUAGUAUUAAAGACUUUAAUGACAGCAGUCACGGCAUAGGAGUGCGGAGCUUAGGCCUGACGAGUGAUGAUUAUGUUGAACAAAGAAGGCCACAAUACACUUUCAAUGAUAUUUCUUAUAGCAGUAUCCGGGACAUAGAUUUAUCAAAAUACAAUAAUGAGGAUAUAGAACCAACAUGUCUGUCCGAAUUCGAGCGCAGUGCUGUGGCAUACUGCAACAGUCCCAGCCUGCCGUCCCCUGUGAGAUCCGUAGAUCCUGCCAGGGAGGGCAGGCCUAGUGAGGAACAAUUAAUGAAGGUCUACCAUGUGCUAUCAGCAACUAUGCCCACCUUGUUCAUAAAACCUUUGGACUAUUCCAUAUAUCAUCCUAAUCUAAUAUUUGUAAACAACAUUCGGGGAAUGACCACUGUAGGUCUCUAUCAUUAUGUGAAACAAGUGGCACUACUCCGAACAGUUGGUCAUCUGAAGUUUGCCUAUGUCAAAUUUGAAGUCAUGAAGAUCACAGCCCAUCCCGAGGACUCAUCUAUAAGGAUGAGAUGGCGCGUGCGAGGCAUAUCUGGCCUAAAGGUGUUUUUCAAUUUUUGGAAAUAUAAACUUUGGAACAUGAAGCAGGUUUGGCAGGAUCAAGAACUUUGGUAUGACGGCUUCUCUACUUUCUACGUGGGUGCAGAUGGACUCGUCCAAAAACACAUUGCUGACAAGGUGAUGCCAGACCAAGACACUAUAAUAGACGACGAAGAGAAAGCUCCAAUUGCGGCAAAAAUAGCUCUGCUCAUCGGUCUAAUACCAAGGAACUACCUGACCGACGUCUCUCCAUACUUCAGUUCGUCAGCUGGCACCGCAGAGCCUACUACAUUGCCCUUUAAAGUAUUGGAAUAGCAUUGCCACGUGCAAAAAAUAUUUUGAACAAAGAAUUAGUGGGUGACCAUACUAUGGCGUACCUAAUGUGAUUGUAAUGAAAUAUAGGAGUUUUUAACCGAAAUUAUCAUUCAUUCGGUAUAAAUUAUCUAGUUAAGAAAUAUGCUUUUUCAAUGCUUCUUAGACAAAUCAUAAUUACUUACAAAAUCUUGAAUAAUAUGACCUGUGUUUGAUAUUCUUGGUCGACGACGAUAAACAUUUUCAAGUGAAAGCGUCAUUUUGAUAAUUCGUUAUUUAUUUAUAAUUUUGUUUUAUAACUGCAAAUAAAAUGUUACUGUUCACUGGUACAAAUACGUGUUUAUAGUCGGCUUUUAUUCGGCAGAGUUGUGAUUAUUAGAUGUUUAUAAACACUUUCCAGCAUGUACAGAU